CUUCCCGUGCGUGCCGUGCCCCUCGUCCGUACAGAGCGUGUGGACGCCGUCUUCUAUCCCCUUCUCACAAACAAACAAACAACAGCAGCCGUAGCAGCCAUGGACAACACGCCGAAGCAGCCGUACCAGGGAGACCAAUUGGCGCGUCUGAAAGAGAAGGAUAAAAAGAAAGAGAAGAAGUUCGGCGACGAGAGCGACCACGCCAAGAAGACAAAGUUUAAACUGAAAAAAUCUACGGAUCAUGAGCAGGUGUCUCUGCUGGACCGCUUUGCAAGCAUCCGUGCUGGCGCCAAGAAGGACAAGGAGAAAGGGGACCGCCCCGUCGUUGUGCAACGUGGAGGAGGGCCGAGCAGCCGUGAUAGCCAACUCGCCAGCGGGGCUCAGCUACCUUUCGGUGGAGAUGACCUCACCGAGGAUCAGAUCCACACGUUUUUUGAGAAGAUGCUGGAGGACAUGAACCUCAGUGAGGCCCACAAGGCUCCUUUGCGCCACAAAGAUGAAAAAACGAAGCGUGACAUGGUUUUACAAUACAUGGCUUCCUCUUCCAAGACGGGUGGAGCGCACAAACGGGACACAGCAUUGUCAGGAAAAGACUACAUAACAGAACUGACUGGACUUCGGAAGAUGGAACACGACUCCGAUCAGGAGCGCCUGCUCUCCUGCCUGGAGUCUCUGAGAGUGUCCCUCACCAGCAAUCCUGUCAGCUGGGUGGAGCUUUUUGGUGAUGAAGGACUAAAGAUCCUUUUGGAUAUUCUACAAGACCUUCAGGAGAAACAAAGCCCGAAUCACUUUGAUUGGAAAAUUCAGCUCGAGAUCGUGCGUUGCCUGAGGGCCUUCAUGAACAACAAGGUGGGCCUGCGCGCCAUGCUGGCCACCCACAACGGCGUGCUCUUGUUGGCGCGUGCCGUUGAGCCCCGGCACCCGUCUAUGAUGGUGGAGGCCGUGCGCUUGCUGUCUGCGCUCUCUAUACUUGACGAGGACCAUUUUGAUGGCGCGAAGCCCUCCAGCCGAGUGCUGGAUGCGCUUGCGGAAUGCGCGGAGAUCUGUGAGCAGGAGCGAUUCCAACCCAUCGUUGAAGGCCUGGAUGUAAAGCAGAGUCUGCCACUUAAGAUUGCUUGCUUGAUUCUCAUAAACGCUCUGGUGGAGACCCCGGAGGAUCUAGAAUUCAGGAUUCAUCUCCGUAACGAGUUCAUGCGCAAUGGCCUAGGCAAGGCGCUUACGCACCUGAGGGAAAUCCAAAACGAGCAGCUGGAGGUGCAGCUCCGCGUGUUUGACGAGGGCCGAGAGGGCGACUUCCAGGACUUCGCUCAGCGUCUGCAAGAUAUCCGUGGAGAGUUGGAUGACAUCAACGAUGUGUACGCCUUCCUGUCCAACACGGUGAAGGAUACCCAAGCUGAGCAGCCUUUCCUGUCCAUAAUGCAGCACUUGCUGCUCAUUCGCAACGACUUCCUUGUCAGGCCUCAAUAUUUCCGUCUCAUCGAGGAAUGCAUCUCACAAGUGGUGCUGCACCGUGGGGGUGUGGACCCUGACUUCCGUUCCACAAGUCGCUUCCACCUGGACGUUGAUAAUUUAAUAGAAAAUAUGGUGAAUCAGCAGAAGGUCGAACAAUACGAGUUAAGAGCCAGCGAACUGGAGAAAAAGCUGGAGGCAGAGAUGACAGUGCGACAGGAAGCCAUGGCCGAGUUGAAGCGGCGCGAGGGUGAGGCGGAAACUCGGAGGUACGAGGCUGAGGCACGAGCCACUCAACUGGAAGAAGAGAAAACACGCAUUGCUCAAGAACUGCAGCUCCAAGUCCAAGAGAAGCUAAGACUGCAGGAGGAGUUUGCCCGAGCCAGGGACGAGAUCAAGCCAGCUGCACCAGACUCAACGGGAGGAGCCCCAGCCCCACCUCCUGCACCACCUCUGCCUGGGAUGGUUGUAAUUCCUCCUGCACCACCCCUACCUGGCAUGGGUGGAAUUCCUCCACCGCCUCCACUACCUGGCAUGGGUGGAAUUCCUCCAGCACCUCCCUUACCUGGCAUGGGUGGAAUUCCUCCUGCACCUCCCUUACCUGGCAUGGGUGGAAUUCCUCCUCCACCUCCUCUACCUGGGAUGGGUGGAAUUCCUCCUCCACCUCCUCUACCUGGGAUGGGUGGAAUUCCUCCUCCACCUCCGCUACCUGGGAUGGGUGGAAUUCCUCCUCCACCUCCGCUACCUGGCAUGGGUGGAAUUCCUCCUCCACCUCCGCUACCUGGCAUGGGUGGAAUUCCUCCACCGCCUCCUCUACCUGGGAUGGGUGGAAUUCCUCCACCGCCUCCACUACCUGGGAUGGGGGGGCCACCACCUCCUCCCCCACUUCCUGGCAUGGGACCCCCUCCACCGCCACCGCCACCAGGGAUGGGAGGCCCUCCUCCGCCGCCUGGUCUUUUCACCUUGGCCGCACAGCGUCCGGGCCUGCCCUUUGGCCUGCAGCCCAAGAAGGAGUACAAGCCUGAAAUCUCCACGAAGCGUGCCAACUGGGCCAAGAUCAGGCCGGAGGAGUUCAAGGAAAACAGCUUCUGGACAAAGGCCAAGGAGGAACGUUUUGAAAACCCAGAUGUCCUUUCAAAGCUGGCCCAAACUUUUGCAGCACAAGCCGCCAAAGCCAAGCAAGCAGAAGUGCUGGACUUACCAGACAAGCCCUCUUCCAAGAAAAAAAUAAAGGAGCUCAAAGUCUUGGAUCAAAAAUCGGGGCAAAACCUUUCUAUCUUUUUAGGAACACUGAAGAUGCCCUACACAGAAAUUAAGAAAAUAAUUCUGGAGGUGAAUGAAGAAAAGAUCACGGAGUCAAUGAUACAGAACCUGAUCAAACAGCUGCCCGAGGCAGACCAGCUGGAGGCUCUGGCGGGCUUCAAAGAUGAGUACGAUGACUUGGCAGAGGCCGAGCAGUUUUCUGUGGUGAUCGGCUCGGUGACGCGACUGCGCUCCCGCCUCACGGCCAUCCAGUUCAUGCUGCAGUUCGAGGAGCAGGUGUCCUCCGUGAAGCCGGACGUGGUCGCCGUGACGGCGGCGUGCGAGGAGGUGCAGCAGAGCGACGCGUUCAGCCGCCUGCUCGAGAUCGUGCUGCUCUUCGGCAACUACAUGAACGCCGGAUCGCGCAACGCGCAGACCUUUGGCUUCAACAUCAGCUACCUGUGCAAGCUUCGCGACACCAAGUCAGCAGACCAAAAACAAACACUCCUUCACUUUCUGGCCGAGGUUUGUGAGGCCGAGUACCCGGAGGUGCUCAAGUUCACCGAGGACCUGAGUCACGUGGAGAAGGCCUCCAGAGUGUCAGCCGAGAAUCUCCAGAAGAAUCUGAAGCAGAUGGAGAAUCAGAUCGAACAGUUGGAAAAGGACAUCCAGUCCUUCCCAUCAACCGAGGACGUGAAUGACAAAUUUGUUGAGAAGAUGACAGGCUUUGUGGAGAAGGCGCGUGAGCAGUACGGUCGCUUGGCGCUCAUGUUCGACAACAUGCAAAAGCUGUUCGAUGGCCUUGGGGAGUACUUUGUUUUCAAUACCAAGAAGGUCAGCGUGGAGGAGUUCUUUGGAGACCUCACCAACUUCCGCUCUAUGUUCAUGCAAGCGGUGAAGGAUAACGUAAGACGGAGAGAGGCGGAGGAGAAAAUACAAAAAGCACAGCUCGCCAAAGAGAAGGCUGAGAAGGAACGACUUGAGAAGCAAACUAAAAAGCGGUUACUAGAAGAUGGAGAUGAGACAGGUGUCAUGGACAGUCUGAUGGAGGCAUUGCAGUCAGGAGCUGCCUUCAAGAGAAAACGAGCACCUCGGCAGCCAGCAGAGGCACGGCGCCCGGCCGGAGAGGAACGCUCACGCUCACGAGGCCGCGCCGAUGUGCCGUCGCGUACCCGCAUGUCGCGUGACCUGGAGAUGGCCCUGCUGGAUGGGGACAGAAGAGCUCCCACCGCCACCGCGACCACCACCGUGAGGGAGAAGACCAAGGCCGUGGAGGGAGGAGACACCCCUCCCGAUGUAGAGAAGGACUCGAAAACAACGGACGUGGAAAUGGAGGAGGAGGAACUCUCAGUGACUGUAACUGAAGAGUGAUGCUUUGUGGAUGAGAUAGAUAGUUAAGCUGUGUAUGCAUUAAAGAAAAGCAUAGGAUGUUUUUAAUCGUCAUUUUAUAUUCCGAUUGGCGCGACGGAGGUUGUCAUUAUUGUCCAACCCUGCCUUAUGUAUUUGUGCCCUUUGAAUUAAUAAUGCCGACUUUAUGAAAUGUAAAAGAGCAUAGUUUUGCAAACCUGUCACAGUCAAAAAAUAAAUAAGGAAUCUAGCCAUGUUGAAGAGACUUGUAUGUUUUAUCUUCAGGGAUAUGAGAAGCUUUGUUUAUAAAUAGAAUGAUAUGUGUUGCUUGGGUGCAAAGGCUUUCACAGUUUUGUGGAAAAUAAUUUUUUACAUUCCACACUUUUGAAACAUCCUGGGUUUUUUUAUUUGAAUAAAAAGCAUGAUUUUAAACAAACUUUUGAUUUUAAAGAAAAACAAAAUACUAUCAACUGGGUUUUUUUCCAUUAUUUUGCAUGAAUUAUUAAUACUCGGCGAAUGUUUGGCAAGUGUUAAUUUAUUCCGGCUGAGCCACAUGCCGUUAUCUUGCAUGGAUGGCCAUGUGCACUUUUGCUAAAGGGAAUCAUUUGCAUAUCACGCAUUGUUCUUUUUUUUCAAUCUUGCUGCACAAGUAAUUUGGUUUUCCCUGAAUUUGUUGUUGUUGUACAUAUGCGGUUUUUGAAUGUAUGCAUAUGGUCAAAUUCACAAACGUAAUUAUGUUCACAAAACAAACCCAUCAUGAUGAUCUCUUUUGGAAGUUUAUUGAUAAGCAUUUAUACUGUGGCUCGAUACUUUCAUUGGCAAUUUUGGGUUGUAUAUUUAAACGGAGAUACAAACCACAUUUUUGUUUACUUAAUUGUCACAGGAAAAUGCAUCUAUUAUUAGGAAUGUGGUACGACACCGCGACACUGCUGGUAGAUGGGCCACCCCUUACUUGACCAUACUUCACCACGCUGGUCAGUGGGUAGGUGAAAAUGGGGAGCAUAGAUGUAUAGUGCAACCUGGCAUACAUAGUGGUCAUCCAUACAAACAAUAUCCAGGCUCAAACUUCUGCCUAGCUUCCGAGAUCCCGUGAGAUUGGGGAGGUGAUUUGGUCCGGAGGCACAGUUUGCUAUCGUUAGGGGUUUUUUUUUAAUUCCCUCUGCGCUGGGCUCUUUAACAUCGAAUGGCUUCAGCCGUGCCCCGCUCAUUGUGAUGUGGCCAGAGAGAGGGGUUUUCACCUCGUGAAUGGACAUGAAUGGACACCAGCUUGGCUGUGGUUCAGCGUUAAGUCGUCGCAAAUGCCUCACUGUGCAGCUGCUCCGUGCUGUAAAGGCGUGCAAAUACGUCGGGAAGCACCGAAAGUCUGCUUGGAUGCUUCGCCCCACCUUCUCACCCCCCCGUAACAUGCAAGCGGUGGCAAUGAAUUAACGUGGGGGGUGGGGUGGGGGGCAGGGACUUGGCCCCGGCGGUAGGUCGCUCGUUGAAGAGGUUCACGGCUCGAAUACAGUGGCCACCCUGAUUAAUACUGCUUUGCAGUAGACGUCAAAUGUCCCUUGAAGUCAUUCGCAAGCGUUGGGCCGUUGUGGGAUGGCGUUGUGGUGCAAAUUUUAAAGAAAGACAACAAAAAUACCCCUUGGCAGGACCCUCCUGAGAAAUGACCCUGAGACUCGGGGAGUCUUUUUUGGGUAAAUAAAUGUUAAAGAAUUGUGCCACUGCAGUGAUCUCCCUCGAGGGUAUUAUGGUGGUGCUCCUUAUAAGAUGUGUUAUCACCGUAUGUUCUUCCAUAUCUCACGAGCAAAGAUACAAUCGCGUGUUGAACUGCUCAAAAACGCAUACACCCUUGGCAAAAUUACUGUUAUAACUUGCUUGGGUUACAUCUUCAGCAUUGCCCUUGUAGUGGUUCUUGGUUCGAGACCCGUGGCCACCCUGGUUAAUAAUACCGCAGGUGUUUUUAACCAUGAAAUACAUGUCUGCUUCACAGCACACUUUACAGAUCAUCGUACUAUAUAUCGAAAAAGAAUAGGCCCAUGUGUAGCGGUAUUGUCCAAAUUUGAUUAAAUACUCAAAGAUAUACGUACUUAACUGGAUAAUCGAUGGCAGCCUUGUCCCCUACUGGUAGACUAAUGGCCAUGUUUAGGCUUGUGCUGCUUACACCUUGUGCUGCAGAGGGGCAUCUUGCCACUGGCAGUCGUCCCCUGGGCUAGACCGCAGCAGUGCAUUACAAUGGUUGAGACGAAAUGCGAUACAAAAGUGUAUUGGACAUAUGAACCUUAUGGCGUUACCCCGGGGUACAAAGCUACCCCGGCUCUCGUAUAAUGUCCUUGAUGCAGAAAUUUUUAGUUUGUUGAUGGUCGGCGAUGCGGCAAUCGACUCAUCUCGACGAGCUGUACACGAGGCACUAUGAUACAUACGAGCGUUCAGGGUUUCGGCGCAAUCGUCCUCGCUGCGUGUUCGACAUCGCGGAGUGUGGCACUGAUUUCGGAUUCUUUGGUAUCCCAGUCGCGGAGUUAAGUACAACCCUGGAAAAAAGUGUCCCAGAAAUAAAAUAUCACUGUAACACGAUUUUUGUUCCUGGGUAUUUAGUGUUAUUUUCUAAUUGCAUUUGCCUCAAAAGUACAUAAAAUGGCUAUUAUUCCCCACAAACUUUGAUUUUGUGACCAGGACUUUACGUGAAGGAAUGACGCAUGCACACGUUUUCUCAUUGAAAAUAGGUAAAUUGCUAAAUAUCACUGUGUCCUGGUCACAAAAGCUAAGUUUGUGGGGAAUAAUAGCCAUUUUCUAUACUUCUGAGGCAAAUGUAAUUAGAAAAUAACACUUAAUACACAGGAACAAAACAUAAUCCCUCUGCCAUGUUGUAUUAUUUGGGACCCUGGGGAACCGCCAUAAGGAUCAUAUAAUUGAAGACUUUGGUGUAAGUGCAUCAGAUUCAGUGCCAAAUGGAGACGUUAGAAAACAAAGCACGGCAAAAUGUGGAUAAUUAUAGACUUAGACAUGGUACAAUACUCUUCACAAGUUGUUUAUGUAUAGUACUGAUGCCAGUGAAUACUUGGUUGCUUUGCUUGGUUGUCAAGCUAUAUAUUUGCAGUUUAACACGUAGGCUCUCCUGCUCUAUAUAAGAACGGGAGACACAGCAGAGCCUCACCAUUCUGGCGAAUUGCCCGAUGAUGCUGGAUGCAAUUACCAACGAAACGUCGUACAACUCAAAUUGUAAAUGUUGUGGUUUCACGCUUCAACACACCGGUAGGCUAAAGCAGUGAACUAUUUGUCUUUUGUCUACGUGACACUUUUUUACUGAUUGGCCGUGUCGGGUGGUGGAGGGUUACGACACAUUUAUAAAUAACGCGAUCUAAACCCAAAACGUUGAUUAUGAAUAUAUAUUUUCAGCCUUGUAAAAGUAACAUGAUGUAUCGGGAGAUAGGGUAGGUGAAAAUAUCGCACGUGUGUUUUGUUAGAAAUACAUUUGAAAACGAAUUUCUUUAGAACUGUUUUUAAAUCCUUUAUAUUAAGUUCGCUUGCUUGCUUAAGACCGUGCAAAUCUUUCGGUCGUUUUUUAACCCACUUCCCGUGAUCCAAUCGAGCUGACAUUUUGCACACAGACUCGUUGUGCGUGACAAUGCAUUUUCGUGAAAAAAUUUUUCCAAAGUUUUACACUGUUUAGGAAAAAAUAUAUAUAUUUAAAUACCAAUUGUUUAAUGCUGCCAGACAAUCAUCUGACCCAUAGGUGGCAGCCAUCUCAAGCCAGAGGACGAGAGGACUCUAGCCGCCCCGAUGCCACGCAUAUAAAGGAUUUAUAGUGAAAAACUUUGUUUUUACGGGUUUACUUGUUUGUGUUUGGUUUGUCCUUCCCCCGCACCUCCGCUUAGCACGGUUGGCAACGUACGACGCGAAAGAAGUUCAACGUACAUAAAACGAUCUCUUUUG